GGGAUCGAUAGUCUUCUUCAAAACAGUGUCUAGUUCGUUUCUGUGACGUAAUAAAUUUCUUGGUGGAUCGUACAUAUAUGUAAAAAAAAAAAACAAGGAAAUGGCAGAACAUCGUGCUGUAACGCCUUUUAUUGAAAAAUUACGCUCAUUUCUUCGAGGUAGAAAAGUUAUUCCUCAAUUACGAUAUGCAGAUUUAACUUCUGCACGAACACAACCUCCGCCUGAAAUACCAGGUGGACCAUAUCAUAAAAUCUCGAAAAUAUAUUACUAUACCCAUGAUGCUAGACGAGAAGUUGAACCGCCAGUUGAAAUUUUUGUGGAUAAACAAAUUACAGCGGGGAGUGAAAAGAAAGCUAUUGGACCAAGCCAUACCACUCCAGGGAAAUUAUUUCCAUGGUCUUAAAUUACAUAUUAAUUAAAAUAUGAGAUAGUAAUUAGUUAUUUGAUUAUAAAUAAAUUAUAUUGUAGUUGUAUGAAUAUUAUUACAAAUAUAAAAUAAAAUGGUUUGAUUAUUAUAAAA